AUAAUCGAUAAAUCUUCAUGGUUGGAUACCGCUGUACGGACAAGAUUUCUUCAGUUUGACCUAGAUCGGAACAGUUUAACACAUCUCCCCCAGCCCGGAAAGUGUCGACUGACUGAUUCCAUUCAAAUUCAUAACGCAAAACCUGUACCUGCAUAUAGCAAGACUACAACUCAAAUCAACAGAUGGUUCAGAAAGAAAGAAACAUCACGUGACAAUCAAAGUGCUAUGUGGAUUAUAUUCCUGGACUGGAUACUCUUGCACUGAUAUAUACAAGUAUAUGCAUGAUCUUGGCGCAUUUGGGGCGAGGGAUUGGAUGAGAGAACUUAGAGAAAAUCUAUGACCAAGUUGCCUCCCUUGAUUGUCUAUAAUUUGACAAGUGCAGUGUCGUAAGUUCAUUGCCGACACAAUGGAUCCAAUAGCAGAAGUUAAGAUGUACGAGGACUCCGGCGACCUUCUGCCGCUAAUGGUUGGAGGCCCCGGGCCCGACACGCUCCAAAACUGCAAAGAAAUAUUCACGAAGGCCACCGCCUCGGUGUUGGAAACAGAGACUGACCCGACACAGGCAUUCCGAUAUGCAGAUGAACAAGGUGACCAGGAGUACCGAGAUCAACUCGCCAAGUUCCUCUCCAAUGAGUACAAAGAUAUUGUUACCAGCUCGGAGCUGAUGGUGACAGCAGGGGCAACCCAGGGCCUCCAUUUCUUGGCAUCACUGUUGUUCCAUAAACACAAAGUGGCAUUUGUAGAGGAUCCGACGUACUAUGCUGCACACACAAUGCUGCGGUAUGACCUCGAGAUGAAGGUAGUUCCUGUGCCAACGGAUGCAGAUGGAAUCGAUACCAAUGUUCUUGACAAGCUAUUGUCUGAACAUCGUCCAAAGUCCUUUACUGUUACGCCGGAGCAGCCAUUUUGGGCAAUGAUCUAUGUCAUCCCAGUCUUCAACAACCCAGCAGGACAGUGCUACUCAAAAGAGAGGUGUUGUGACUUGGUGCGUCAUGCCAGACAGCAUGAUAUACUGGUUGUUGCUGAGGACAUAUACAAUUUAGUAUACUACGGGGAAAACAUUCCCAAACGUCUCCUGGCUUAUGAUAACAAAUCACACCCUGACUACAUGGGCAAUGUUGUCUCCAACUGCACAUUUUCCAAGAUUCUGGCUCCUGGGCUCCGCCUUGGGUGGCUGGAGGCUCCAGAGAGGGUCCUUUGUGUGUUGAAGAAAAGUAAUGUGUCGUGGAGUGCAGGCAGUCUGAACCACUACGCCUCCAAGUUAGCAGCAGCCGCCUUGAAACUGGGCUUACAGCAGAAACAUGUGCAGACAGUCAGACAGAUCUACAAGAACAGGAUGACGUUUAUGUGUGAGACUCUCCGGAAAGGCCUGCCACCUGGUGCCACGUUUACACAACCACAGGGAGGCUUCUUUGUGUGGGUGAAAUUACCGGAAGCUGUUGAUGCACUGCACCUGCUGAGGAUGGCCGCAAAAAAGUACAAGAUCAGUUUUCUUCCAGGAUUUUGUACCUCUCCCAGUGGUGGUUACAAGAAUUACGUGAGACUGUCCAUCAGCUUCUGCAACCAGGCCACCUUGUCCAAGGGACUCGAUGCUUUCUGUUCUGCUCUCCGUGACUUCAUCCCUGGAGAUACAGAAUAAGCCAAGCAAUCUGGCCAACUAUCAUACCUAUUCAACAAGCCACAGUUACCUCUAGGUCUGUGCUGUAUAAACAUCACAAUAUUGUGAAACAAACACAUGAUAAUUAUAUAGUCCUUGUUGACAGAGAAUGGUUAUAUGAAUGAAUAUUCAGAAAAAAUAACUUAUUGUAUUAGGGGUGGGACGGGAUAGCCCGAUACCCGGGACGGGUGGGCAAUGAGUUGGACCCGGGUUCCCGUCUCAAUACCCGGAACCAUUAUGAUCCUGUGACUAUGAUUCAACAAUGUAAUAUGUUAUUCUUUCAUGAUUAAAAGGUUGUAUUGUCUUUGAAGAUUUAGACAUAAUUUACAGUCACUUCUUUUGAAUAUAAUACAUGGUUAAGGUAUUGAAAAACUCAAAAUUGUAGCCUCCAAGCUGAAGAAAAUAUUGUCAUUUCUUGCAAAUUCGAUGUCAGGAAUUAACAUAACGGGUAUCCGGGUAGGGUAGGGUAAUAGGGGAUGGUGUACCUGGGUGAAAAAUUUGGACCCGUCCCAGCCCCAUAUUGUAUACUUAUAGCCAGGGUGAGUGAGUAUGAUUUUACAUCAUUUUUAGCACUAUACCAGCAAUAUUAGGGCUGGGAAGACAGAAUCGAGCAUAUCACAUUAUAUCCAUGUGGGGAAUCAAACCUUGGUUCCAGGUGUGACAAUACAAUCCUUACACCACAAGACAACAGCAAGAGUAACCGCAAUAGUUAGGACAAGGUUGACAUUUGUGCAAUUUUUCCCAUACAGGUGCACAUAUAUGAAGCUAUUUCAGGAAUAUGCAAUCUUCUGUGGAACGGAUCAGCAAUUACCUGUGUUACCUGGCAACUUGCACAACCUUAUCAAAGGCAGCAUGUUUGGAGUGAGUGAGUUAAUAUUUAACGUCACAUCAGCAAUACCUCAGCCAUAUUGUGACUAACAGCAUGUUGGAUAUUGGAAAAGGUUGAGAGAUUAAAUUAAUAUGAAUGGUCAACUUGAUGGUUGAUUCUGAAUUGUAA